AUGAGAUUUCAUCCACACUCGUUUUGGGCUAGGCUACUGGACAUCCCCAUCCACUACUUCCAUCCGGUGGCCGUUAUGAAGAUUGGGAGCCGCAUUGGGAAACCUGUUCGUGUGGAUCAGGCUACGAGCACGGGAGCUAGGAGCGACUAUGCUAGGGUUUGUGUUCAAGUUGACAUUAAAAACCCCCUCCUCUCCAAGUUCACGAUUAAUGGGAAGAAGUACUUCAUACAGUAUGAAGGGCUUGAGAAAAUCUGCCUCCAAUGCGGGACGUAUUUUGACCGUGCCCGUUGCUAUUGCACUGCCAACAUGGAAACGGAGGAGCACAAUACGGAACCGGAAGUCCUCACUCCGACGGAACCUCACUCUGGCCAAGAUAAAGACGCUACCUAUGGGGGCUCACGGUAUAGGGUACUUGAUGUGGAAGAACCCAAGGGAACUCCCUCUGCUCCGACCCAGACAACCCGUGGCCCGAGUGAUACGACUGCUAAUGAGAUGAGGCAAGGCAAUGAGCAGACCCAGCAACCGAAGAAAGACAAGGCUUUGGGGGAGCAAUCAAAACGUGGGAAGCAGGGAGUGCCCGACCCAGCUAGACCGGAUAAGACUUUGGGCGUGGUCAGCUCAAGGAAGGCGGAUCAUCUUCGACGGGAGGGCACUGCCCUAGUGCAUGCUACUGCUCCCUUGACGUGUGGCUCUACCAUGCAUGUCCAUGAACGUCGGGACGAGACCACUGUUAAGGGAGUGAGUUUUAAUGAUGGGGAUGCAACUACCUCGGAUCCAGGCCACCUCACCAGACCGCCAGAUCCGUCCGGGGCCUCCAUACAGGAUCGAAUUCCCCCGGCUUCCCCUCAUGUGAAUACUACGUCCGAUCCGACUGUGAUACUGCAGGAGAACCCCAGCAUGGGGGACACUCCUGCCUAG